AUGCGCGCCCGAGUCGCGAGCUUUUCCUUCCGCCCGUCAGCGCGCCCGAGUCACGAGCUUUUCCGUCCGUCCGUCGCUCGCCAAUCGGCACGUAGCGCUCCCCUCCGCCCAUCGCUCUCCCUUCCGUCUUUCGCUGUACCUUCCGCCCGUAGCCCUCCCUUCCGCCCGUCGUUCUCCCUUCCACCGUCGCCCUUCUUUCCCGUCGUCGUCCACCCUUCCGCCCGUAACCCUCCCUUCUUCCCAUCGCCAUCCCUUCUUCCCAUCCCCAUCCCUUCUUCCCAUCGCCAUCCCUUCUUCCCAUCGCCAUCCCUUCUUCCCAUCGCCAUCCUUCCUUCCCAUCGCCAUCCCUUCUUCUCAUCGCCCUCCCUGCCGCUCGUUGCAAUCCCUGCCGCUUGUCCCCUCGCUUUCCCCGUCAACCUGUCUCCUUGUCCGCCGUCGCAAAGGCGAGGGUUCCCUCUCUCCCCGUCUCCUUGCUUUCCCCGUCUCCUCGCUUUCCUCGUCUCCUCGCUUUCCCCGUCUCCUCGCUUUCCCCGUUCCAUCAAAUGCUCGUCGCCCUCGCCUUCCUUCCCGUCUCCCUUCCCAUCUCGCACAUUUGUCACCCUUCCAUCUCUCCCCCCACUCACUCCCUUCCUUCCACCCAACAAUCCCCAUCAAUCCCCCACUUAUACCCCCCCCUGCCCUGCUUACCUCUCUCCCUAUUCCCACCAUUCUCUGCCCUGCUCCCCACCAUCCUCUGCCCUGCUCUCUCCCCGGCAUCUGCCCCCGUACCCCCCAUCCCAUUCCCUACGCGAUCUCCUCAUACCCCCUCCGCUUCUCCUCCGUCCCCCCUCCGCUUCUCCUCCUUCCCCCCUCCGCUUCUCCUCCUUCCUCCCUCCACUUCUCCUCCGUCCCCCCUCCGCUUCUCCUCAUUCCCCCCUCCUCCUUCCCCCCUUUGCUUCUCCUCCUUCCCCCCUCCACUUCUCCUCAUUCCCUCCUUGUUUUCCCCUCUGCUUCCUCCUGUGCAGGGACUUCACAUUCUCUCUGUGCUUCUCUGUCCCCUGGUCCCCCCUGGUCCCCCAUGCGCACCCCUGUGCCCAUCAGGUGGUGGACGAAGCAGGCCGCUUGCUGCCUGUGGUGGUGGAGGCGGACCGGCUGCUGCGCCAGUUCUACCACGACUGGCUGCAUGCUGACGUGGCAGUGAGCGUGCCAGUUCUGUGCGGCGUCAUGCAUGCACAUGGCGGUGGCAGCGUGAGUGGUGUUCUCCCCACUCCAUUCAUCCACGGCCUGCAAUCUCUCCGUCACCGGAUGCUACGCGGUGCUGCUACAUGCCGCUGCUACGUGCCCGUGCCUUGUGGUUGCUGUGUGCAUUUGACCUGCAGCCACUUGACUGACGCUGCUAUGAGCCAUUGCCUUGCGCUCGUGUCACCUCACCGUGCUUUCACCGUGUUUGUGUCGUUGCUGCAUGCGGCGCACAGCCUCUUCCUGCUGCUCUCCGCCUUUCCCCCCGCCUCGCUGCCCGUCGCCUCUGCUGAGUUCUCCUCCCACCAGCCGCAGCUCUAG